AUGAGAGUGCAACUAAUCAAUUUUUUUAAGGAAUUUGAAGACAAAUUAAAAAAAAAUAAAGAUGGAGCAAAAAACUAGCGAAUAAGAUGCUGAACUUUUAUAGGUUCUCUUUAAAGUGUUCUACUAAAAACAAAAAACUCGUAAAUAAACCAAAAUUUCAUUUGAUCAUAUUAGUAUUAAGUGGCCCAGAAAAUGUUGAACGAAGAAAUAGUAUUCGUGAAACUUGGUUAUCACAAAAACAAACUGAAGUAAAAAAUUUGUUUCCAAUUGGGUUAAUAAAGCUUAGGCUAGAGCAAAAACAAGCCAUAGAAUCAGAGAAUGAAAAAUUUAAAGAUUUAUUAUUACUACCAGAGCUACUUGAUUCAUAUGGAACUGUAACUAAGAAAAUUUUACAGUCAUUUGUACAUGUAUAUGAGAAUUAUGAUUUUAAUUAUUUAUUAAAAGGGGAUGAUGACAGUUUUAUACUAGUUGAUAAAAUUUUAAAUGACUUGGAUAAAUGGCAAAAAAAAGGUUCCAAAAAAGAACUGUAUUGGGGUUAUUUUAAUGGAAGAGCUAGAGUAAAGAAGAGUGGGCCUUGGAAAGAAGUAGAUUGGUUUCUUUGUGAUUAUUAUUUGCCUUAUGCUUUAGGAGGUGGAUAUGUUUUAUCCUACAAUUUAGUGAAAUUCAUUGUCAAAAAUGUUGAUGUUUUAAAGUAA